AUGGCAGACGACGUAACCCAGGACAUCGACGACGUAACCCAAGACAUCAACUCAGACAUGCCCUCGGACAUGCCCCUCUACGACGGCGCGCCCACCGAGGCCCCCGACGCCGGGGCUGCGCUCACGACCCUCUUUGCCAGCGCCCAAGAGUAUCCACACCUCGACCAACACCUCGACACCCACCUCCAACUGGCCAUCGACCCAAGUCUCGGCGAGGCGGCUGACGCGGCGCGCGCUGCCGGCGCUGGUGCGGAGGCUGAGGGUUCCACAACCAACGAUACACCCACUGGCGCAACCCCAGGCCGUCCCGGCAUCGACCCCGAUGCGUCCGGCGCCGACGCAGUGACGAGUGGUGGCGAUGCUAUCGCUGCCGACCAAGGAGCCGAGGGUGGUGGAGGCACGCAAGACGUCAACCCGGACGCACCCCCAGCCAAGCGCAAGGCGACGUCGCGUGCCAACAUGCUCACUCGUGGCGGUGCGUGCGAGUUCUGCAAGCGCCGCAAGCUCAAGUGUACUGCCGAGCAGCCCCAGUGCCAGCAGUGCAAGCGCAGUGGACGCGAGUGCGUCUACUCGCAAAAGAAGCAGCGGAGCCGAGUCCGCGUCCUCGAGGACCGGCUGCAGGAGCUCGAGCGCAGGCUCGACGACGAGCGCCAGGCAAACGACGAGUCGCCCGCCUCGGGCCAGCGCCAAGCCGGUCCCGAGUCUGCCGGGACCUCUGGCCCCGCCGCCGUCUUCUCCGCCGAGGGCGUGUACAUUUCGCCCGAGUCGAACGUGACGCCGUCGACGGGUGUGGACAUGUUCUUUGGCCUCGGUGAGCUGGGCACGCUCUCGGACCCAUUCUUCAAGCGUUCCGAGCCCGACCUGAUGACGCUCGCGGACGCGGCCGCGGCGGACACGGACCGGACGGUCGCCGCCGCGCCUUGGGAAGGUAUGACUCCGCGCGAGGUCGCCAUCGAGCUCGUCAAGGCAGUCGUCGAGAACCACAAGGGUGUAGGAGAGAAGAUUAUGGCCCAUCUGCUGCACCACGUCUUUGCCCAGCACCCACACCCUCGAAUGGUCCACAACCUCGUGUCGCCCAGCUUCUUCUUUGCGCGUCUGAGCGGACAGACAGGCCAACCACCUCAUCCAGCCCUCAUUGCAGCCCUUCUCCCGAGCCUGAUGGAGCUCUCGCCGAGCCCGACUCUCAACAACCGCGACGCGCUGGCAGCCGUGUGUGAUGCCGUCAUGGAGCCAUCUCGCCGUCUGUCGCAGCACGCCCUCUCCUCGCUCGACACGCGCGGCAUCGACCUCGUUGCUGCCGCGGCGCUCCGGGCCAACGCGCUCGCCACCGUCGGCCGGUUUGUCGACUCGUUCACCGAGGUGUACUCUGCCGGCGCGCUCGCUGCCAGUGUGGGACUGGGCAAGCUUGGCGGUGUCGCCGAGGCGUUCUUACCACCAGACAAGCGGCCCAAGGACCGUGCCGAGAGGAUGGCGCGUGAGCAGCGUAUCCGAUACAUACGCAACAAGAGCGUCAUCGUGCCACUGCCAGUGGACGCAAACGAGGUGGCGGAGAGGAUCAAGCUUUUCUGGAGCGUGUACCUGUGUGACCGGAUGAACGCCAUCGGCUGGAACAUCCAAGGCGUGGUUCAAUAUGACGAGAUCACCACUCCACUGCCAAAGGACAAGUAUGAUACUCCCGAGGCGUUUGCAGACAACACGACACUCGACGACUGGGUGUCUGGCCGCUCGAACGGCUCCCCAGACGAGUCGGCCUUGUGCUCAUACGUCAAGGCCAUGACGAUCGUGUACGACGCAUCCCGCCUGCUCGACACCUCUCCGUUUGUGGCCACCCUAGAACGGUCCUCGCGGCUCAUGCGCGCCGCCAAGCGCCUCGCCGCCACGAUGCGCCCGUUCACCCCCACGUCGCCCGCCGAGGCCAUUUCCACCUCGUCGUUCAACAAGCCGUGGUUUGCCCUGUACACGGGCAUGCUGCUGCUGUACGCCAAAGAGGAAAUUGACGCGCCGUCGCCGUCCGAGGAGAUGGAGGCGCGCAACAAGAUGAUCGACGCCGGGUUCAAGAUGUGCGCGUGCAUCCAGGCAGCCUACGACGCCGGCGACACCGAGCUGGCCGGCUACGACAUUGCCGCGCCGACCAUCUGGUUUAUGACGGGCCGCGCGUUCCACCACCUCGCCAACCGCAUCGAGGGCGACGAGCCCGAGCGCGCUGCCGAGCUCCGCCGUAAAGUCACGUUCAUCGUCGAGGCGAGCAAGAAACUCAGUACCCAACUCAUGCUCGCGGAAGUACACGCCCAGAUGCUCCACAACGUCACCCUCGACGCCGAGGUCAUGCUGGGCGAGUACCUCCGCCCCGACAAUGUCGACUUCAGCGGCAGCCUGUAA